CCCCGGCACAUCUACGCGAAUCCUUCGCAGCCUGACUGCUGCUGGGUGCUGGCACUCGGACUCUAUCUCGGCUCCAACCCAACGCUAGUCCCUGGAAAACUGUUCCCGGGCUCCAACCAGAAAUCAAGAUUUUGCAAGACAAUUGGGAGAAUGCUCGAGGAGAUUACGGGAGAAAAGGCGUACGGGACUCACUCCAUCCGAAAAGGAGUCGCUACGUACGCUAGCAGUGGCAGCACCGGUGGUCCGUCAAUUGUUAGUGUGUGUUUGAGAUGCGGGUGG